UGUGAAAUAAUAGCAAAACAUUUUCAAAGUGUUAGGCAUUAGUCGUGUCGACAGAAGAGCGCAAAAGCCAUCGAUUUGUAUGAAAAGACAUAUUUCGCUCACAACUGUCUCUCAUCUGCCGAUUAUCUGACAAUCGAUUCAACGAUUAACCGAUCAGAUGGACGACAACUCAUCCGGAAACCUCUUCGUUGCGAUGACUAUAGCCGAGGAUUUCUCGAUCUAUUGUCUCAGUUGACACAAGUCGGAGACAUCGAUGAGAAACUAUUCAAUGAGCGUUUCAAACAAAUGAAAAAUAACGGCAAUUAUUACGUGACAGUUGUUGAAGACGUGACCACUUCUCGGGUCAUAUGUUCGGCCACUUUGUUCACUGAAUACAAGUUCAUACACAAC